AUGGCCAUCUCCUCGCGCCUGGCGCUCUGGGAGCAGAAGGAAAGUCUCGGGCUGCAUGUGGCCGUGGUGACGCUGGAGCUGCUUCUUGACUCACUGCAGCCAGGACAGAUCCUCCUGUGGCCGUGCUGGGGCAGAGAUGGCAGUGCACGUGGGCUCCUGCUGCACCAGCCCUCGGUGGCUGUGGAAAUCCAGAUACGGGACGAGGACCGGGGGCCGCCCCCAUCCACACCCCCCCUGCUCCUGUCGGUCAUCCCUGGGGGGUUCAUCAAACAGCUCGUGAGGGAGACCGAGAAGGAGGCCAAGGCAGCGAGACAGAGGAAGGAGAGCAAGGCGAGCGGGAAGGAGGAGCCCGUGGGGAAGGACGGUGAGGCCCGAGCCAGGGACGCCCCAGCUGCCAGAGGAGGGGGGGCCAGUGAGGAGCCACUGCGGAACGGGCUGAAGGUAGAGGGGCAGGGGGGCAAGGGGGUCACAGCCCCCCCAUGCAAGGAGCUGCCCCCUGAAAAAGCUGCACCGGGGACCAUCCCCAGAAAAACUCCAUCCCCUGCACCCAGCCUGGCAGUGGCUGCCCUCAAACCAGCAGAGACAACCCCAAAACUAGCAGAGAUCCCCCGCAAAUCAGUGGUGGCAUCCUCAAAACCAGCAGAAACAUCCCCAAAACCAGCAGAAACGUCCCCAAAACCAGCAGAGACCCCUCGCAAACCAGAGACAGCAUCCCCAAAACCAGCAGAGGCUUCCUCCAAACCAACGAAGAUCCCUCCCAAACCAGCAGAGACCCCUCGUCUGGAGGUUCCCAAGGUGGCAAAGCUGUUGUGCCCUGAGAAGAGCCCCAAGGACACCCAGCAAGGGGGCAGCCCCCCAGCUCCAGCCCCUGCCCCCAGCCAGGGCCCCCAGCGUGGCAGCAAAGUCCCACCAAAGGAGGGGGACUCAUCCAAGGGGACAGACCCCAAGAGCACCAAGAAGGAGAAGGGGACACCCCCAAGGCACGAGGAGACCCUAGCCAAGGUGAGAGCCCAGAGGGAGCUGUUUCCAGCCAAGAAAGAGCUGGAGAAGAUGAAGAAAGAUGUUGGAGGUAGCAAGAAGGAGCCAAAGGAAUUCAAAAAACCUGAAAAAAACACAAACAAGUCAGAGGAGCUCAAGGGGGAGCCGGGAGGAAUCCAAGAGAAGUCCAAAGAUGUGGGAAAGGAGGUAAGGAAGGUGAAGGAAGAGCUCAGAAAGGGUGAAGAGAUGCUGAGAGAGAGCAAAGGGAUGGACAAGAGCACUGACAAGGAUGAGGCUAAAGAAACACUUGGAAAGAGCAAAGAGAUGACCAAGAGCAUGAUUGAGGACCAGGGCAAAGAGGCAUCGGGCGAAAGCACAGACAAGGACCAGGCUCCGAGGGACGUUUGGUACGAAGCGGAGAAGGUCUGGCUCAUCCAGCAGGACGGGUUCACACUCGCCACGCAGCUGAAGCCAGAUGUGGGGACACCCGAGCUGCCAGCAGGGAGGGUGAGGGUGCGCCGGGACGAGGACGGCACCGUCACCGAGGUGGACGAGGACAGCGUGCAGAGGACCAACCCACCCAGCCUGGAUCAGGCCGAGGAUCUGGCCGCGCUGAUCAGGCCUGCGAACGAGUGCAGCGUAGCCUGAACACACUGCCGGCAGCGGUUCCGUGCCCGCCUGCCCUGCCCUAACGCGGGCCCAGCCGGUGCCAUCGCGCCGGCCCCGCGCGCCGCCCGGGCGGCGCGGGGACAGGCUCCCAGGGGGAAGCGGGACAGCCUGCCCCCACACAUCUCCUCGCUGGCACACAGAGCCUACAGGAACCUGCUGAUGCAGCGUCAGGACCAGGCCAUCAUCCCCCUGGGGCACAGCGGGGCCGGGAGGACCAAGUGCUGCCAGAGUGCCCUGGAGUACCUGGUGGGCACGGCGGGCAGCGUGGACGGCAGAGUCUCAGUGGAGAAGAUCCAGGCAAUGUUCACAGUCCUGGCAGCCUUUGGGUCAGUGACCACUGGCCAGAACAGCAGCUCCACGCGCUUCUCCAUGGUCCUGUCGCUGGAUUUCAGUGCCACUGGCCAGAUCACCGCUGCUCAUCUCCAGACCUUGCUGCUGGAGAGAGCCCGUGUUGCCCAGCAGCCUGAUGGAGAGAGCAGCUUCAACGUGUUCCCCCUGAUGCUGGCAGGGCUGGAUGUGGCAGAGAGGACGAUGCUGCAUCUGCACCAGCUGGCUGAGAGCAAUUCCUUUGGGAUCAAGCCAUUCACGAAGCCUGAGGAGAAGCAGAGAGCCUCAACAGCCUUUGCCCAGCUCCGGGCUGCCAUGGGCACACUGGGCAUCACCGCGGAGGAGCAGGCGGCCAUCUGGCGCGUCCUGGCCGGCAUCUACCACCUGGGAGCCGCCGGUGCCUGCAAAGUCGGCAGGAAGCAGUUCAUGAAGUUUGAGAGCGCGAGCCGCGCCGCCGAGGUGCUGGGCUGUGACCCGGAGGAGCUCAGCACCGCCGUCUUCAAACACCACCUGAAGCAGAUCCUGGCACAGGUGACAGCUCGGGGCCGGCAGCCACCCCUGGCUGAGGAGAGCCCAGCAGGGCCGAAGAUGACGGGUGUGGAGUGUGUGGAGGGAAUGGCCUCGGGGCUCUACGAGGAGCUCUUUGCUGCUGUCGUCUCGCUGAUCAACAGGUCCUUCUCCUCCCAGCACCUCUCCAUGGCUUCCAUCGCCGUGGUGGACACCCCUGGCUUCCAGAACCCGCGGCACCAGCGGGCCGAGCGAGCGGCCACCUUCGAAGAGCUGUGCCACAACUACGUGCAGGAGCGGCUGCAGGGGCUCUUCUAUGAGAAAACCUUCCUUCUGGAGAUGGAGAGGUACAGAGAGGAAAAUGUUGAGGUGUCUUUUGAUCUUCCAGAGCACUCUCCACUGGCCACACUGUCCAUCAUCGACCUGAGCUGCUCCCAGCCACAGGUGCUGCCAGGCAGCCCCGGGGCUGAUCGCCGGGGGCUGCUGUGGAUCCUGGAUGAGGAGGUGCUGAUCCCAGGCUCCGGGGACAGCACUGCCUUCAGCCGCCUCUGCUCCUACUUCGCCACGAAGGGACCCGACCAGGAGGGGGACGGGCACAUGCGCCGGUGUGAGCAGGCGCUGCACUUCGAGAUCUCCCACCAGCUGGGCACCAACCCCGUGCGCUACGACCUCACGGGCUGGGUCAGCAAAGCCAAGUUCAACCUCUCAGCCCAGAACGCCAUCCAGGUGCUGCAGCAUUCCACAGUCCCCGCCGUGAGGGAGCUGGUGCAGCCGCGCGCGCGGGCACCGCUGUCCUGCCGCGCCGUGGCCGGGCUGGAGGGACGAUCCCAGGCCGCCCUGCACCGCAACACCUGCCUGAGGAAGACCUUCGCCAGCAGCUUCGCAGCUGUGAGGAAGAGGUCGGUGUGUGCUCAGAUCAAGCUGCAGGCGGACGCCCUCACCAACCUUCUCCGACGGUCUCAGCUGCACUUUGUCCACUGCCUCCUCCCGGGAAUGGGGUCGGAAGGGCCAGUCCCUCGUCCCCCUGCACCACCCGAUGCAGCCCCACAGCUGGACGUGGUGGCCCUGAGGACCCAGCUGGAGGGGACCCAGCUCCUGGACGCCCUGCGCCUGCACCGCGUCGGGUACACGGAUCGCCUGCUCCUCACCCAGUUCCGAAGGCGCUUCCAAGUCCUGGCUCCGGAGGUGAUGAAGAAACACACCUCUGCCUACGAGGUGCCAGAUGAGAGCAAGGCUAUAGAGGAGCUGUUCCAGGCGCUGGAUCUGGAGAAGAGGAGCAUUGCCAUAGGACGCAGCCAGGUGUUCCUGAAGCCGGGGGUCAUCUCCAGACUGGAGAAGCAACGUGACAAGCUGAUAGCCCAGAAGAUGACCCUGCUCCAGGCUGCUUGCAAGGGCUUCCUCAGCCGCCAGAAGUUCAAGAGGUUGAAGAUCCAGCGCCUCGCCAUCCGCUGCAUCCAGAAGAACCUGGUGGUCUUCCAGGCAGUCAGGCACUGGCCCUGGUGGCAGUUGCUGAGCCACGUGCGGCCCUUGCUCAGUGUUAACCUGGCGGAGGAGCAGCUCCGUGCAAAAGAGGAGGAGCUGGCGGCGCUGAGAAGGAAGCUGGAAAAAUCCGAGCAGGCAUGCAGUGAGCUCAGGCAGACUGCAGAGAGGCUGGAGAGCAAGGUCAUCGACCUGACAACAGAGCUGUCGGACGAGCGGUACAAGGGCGAUGUCAUCUGCCAGGCCCUGGAUGGGGAGCGGGCAGAGCGGCUCCGGGGUGCCCGUGAGCUGCAGGAGCUGCAGAGCAAACACGACCAAGUGCAGAAGAAACUGGAGUCAGUGGAAAAGCAGCUGGAAGAGGCCCAACAGCUGGUCCAGCUGCGGGAAAUGAAGAUAAGUGGCUCUGGAGGAGAGGACGAGUGGCAGGUGCGGUUUGACUGCGCACAGACGGAGAUCGUGUUCCUGCGGAAGCGGCUGGUGCAGCUGGAGGAGCGGCUGGAGUCCGAGCUGGGCACCAGGACAGGGCUCGAGCAAAAGCUCGGCGAGGCGCGGGCGGCGUGCGAGGCGGCCAAGCGGGUGUCCCAGCAGGCUGGGCGGCGGUGCCGGCGCCUGUCUGCGAGCUGGAGGGACGCGCGGGUGCUGGCGAGAGACCAGCAGAGCCGCAGCCACGAGCUGGAGAAGAGGCAGAAGAAGUUUGACCUGCAGUUAGCCCAGGCCUUGGGACAGUCUGCCUUUGAGAAGAGCCUCCGUGAAAAGUUGUCCCAGGAGAACACCAGCAUCCGCUGGGAGAUGGGUAAACUUCAGCAGAGCUUGGAGCAGAAGGAGGCGGAGGUGGCCAGCCUGGCACAGCGAGUGGCCGUGCUGGCCAGCCGGGUGCAGGAGCUCAGCACUGCUGGUGCCACGGACACCAGUGCUGUACCUGCACUCAAGAAGCAGCUCUGGGACCUGGAGGGCAGUGCUGCUGAGCAGAGGAAGGAGCUGGAGCGACAAACGGCUGCUGUCGAUCACCUGGAGCAGCUUCACGAGAGGCUGGAGCUGGAGAUCGAGCGGAUGAAGCAGAUCCACCAGAAGGAGCUGGAGGACAAGGACGAGGAGCUGGAGGACGUGCGGCAGUCCUGCCAGAAGAGGCUCCGGCAGCUGGAGAUGCAGCUGGAACAGGAGUAUGAGGAGAAGCAGAUGGUGCUACACGAGAAGCAGGACCUGGAAGGGCUCAUUGGCACCUUGUGUGAGCAGAUUGGCCACCGUGACUUCGACGUGGAGAAGCGGCUGCGGCGGGACCUGCGCCGGACCCGCGCCCUCCUCGCCGACGUGCAGCUGCUGGUGGCGGCCCCCACGGAGCCCGGAGCCAGCUCCCAGGAGCUGGAGCUCCUGCGUAAGCAGCUGGAAGAGAGUGAAGCAAAGUGUGCAGAGGCCCAGAGGAACCAGCAGACAGCGGCCCUGGAGCUGGAGAACUUGCACAUGGAGAUGGAGACCCUCAGCAGAAGCAAGACCCUGGUGGAUGAGCAGCUGUUCCAGCUGCAGCACGAGAGAGCUGAUCUCCUGAAACGUAUCGAUGAGGACCAGGAAGACCUGAAUGAGCUCAUGGAAAAGCACAAGGCUCUGAUUGCCCAGUCGGCAACAGACAUCGCUCAGAUCCGGGAGCUGCAGACACAGGUGGAGGAUGUGAAGAAAGAAAAGCAGAGCCUGCAGGAGAAGCUGCAGGCAGUGCAGGCGAGAGCGGCGCAGCUGGAGCAGUGCCCGGCCGAGCGCUCCAUCGUCAGCCGGCAGGAAGCCCGGAUCCGGGACCUGGAGAGCCAGCUGGACUUCCAGGCUGUGCAGAUGAAGCGCUUUGAGGUGCUGGUGCUGCGCUUGCGAGACAGCAUCAUCAAGAUGGGAGAGGAGCUGGAGAACGCGGCCGAGUCGGAGGCGCGGGAGAAGGAGAACACCAGGUACUACCAGAGGAGGAUGGAGGAGAUGAAAGCUGACAUGGAUGAGCUGGUGCAGAGGGAGCUGGAGUCCAGCCGCCGGCGUGUGGAGCUGCUUUGUUGGAAGCACAGUGUUUGGAACACAGAUGUGCUGGCUGUUAGCCUUGUGUGGUGGCUUUGGGGAGGCCCCCUGAGCCAUUGUUCUCCUAUUGUGCCUUGCAGUGUUCAGACAGCGCGGGAGUCGCUGUGCUCCAGGAGAGAGACGGAUGCCUGCUCUAGCGUUGGCUCCACACUCAGUCUGGAGCCUGCAGAGAGCAUCAAGUCCUGGCCAAGUUCAUCCACAGGCUGGACAUCCCUGGCAGGUACCAGCGUGGCCGGGAGCAUUUCGGCACAGUCCAUUGGCAGCCGCAGCACCCAGAGCCUGAGGGUGAGCAGAGACGCCAAGGACCCAGUGCUGAGCCUUCCUGUGUCUUCCUGGAGCACUGCCAGGCCCAGCGAUGCUGCGGAUCCGGGGAGGAUGGCAAGUCCCCUACUCGGGGCUAGAAGACGGGAAUAUGGAAAACCUGCAGCAGAUGACGAGGAGCAGGAAAGCCCGAAAAAGCUCUCCGUGGCAUCGGGGCCGGUGCCCAGCUCGUCGGCAGCUCUCUCCGAGUAUGUGGAGGAGCUGCGGCGGCAGCGGGGAGCGGAGCGGGAGCCGGGGCACCCGGCCCUGGGGGAAACCUCUCCCCUGCCCAUUUACCGCACCACCGGCGCCGCGGCCCUGCGGCGCUGCAGGGCUGUCCCAGCGGCGGAGGAUGCCCUGGGCAAGCUAGACGGGAAUCAGGCAGGGGAAGGUGAAGGAGCAAGCGCCAGCCUCCCGCGCUCCUCCAGCCUGCGGAGCAUGGCCUCGGAGCCGGCCGAGCCCUCACGCUCCCCAGCUCUGAAAAGGGCAUCCAAGUUCGGCUCCUACGACUCCCUCCUGCAAUCCCUGGACAGCUCCGGCCGCCGGCCGAGCUCUCCAGCUGCCGGGAUGGAGGGGCCGGGCACGCUGCGGCCGAGCUCCUGGAGGAGCUGCCUGGAGCCGUCGCUGGAGGAUGUGGAGUUGGAAAGGGGCUCUGGGGGAGUUCUGAGCUCAUUGUCCAGUGACGGGCUGGGAGAGGGGAAGGGGAGCGACCCCUUCAGCUGGCGAAUACCCACCCUCAACUACGAGAGGAGAACCAAGGUCGACUUUGACGACUUCCUCCCGGCCAUUCGCAAAUCCCGCUCCACGAGCAGCCUGGCCAAGUCCAGGAGGGACAGACGGGACGGCCACCGGCCCCUCACCGUCCGCUUCGAGGAUGAGGCCAUAGCGGGAAGUUUGGAGUCCUCUGAGACCAAGGGCACAGCCAAACGCAGCCCGGCCCCUCGGGAAGACCCUGGAGAUCCCUCUGACUCCUCCUCAUCCUCUGGUUCCCUCCUCUCCUCCCGGAGUGCCGACAGCAUCAAACGUCGGCCGCAGCCCCAGAGAGGGGAUGGGGAGGGAUCCAGUGGUAAAGACAUCACCCAGGGCAGCGGGACGAGCCACCGCGCCGAGGCUGAAGGAAAGGAAGAUGAUGUCAGCAGCAUCAUGAAGAAGUACCUGGGUAAAGACUAAGGAAGCUGAUUUGCAUAAUGCAACGUCCCACUUUCUCCAGAAUUUGUUUUGAUGAAGCGCAGCAGCCGAACCCCAAAGCCGCAGCGAUGAUGAGCCACGUCAGGCAGAUGGCUUCCCUGCUCCUGGUAGGAUACACCUCAUGUGAGCAGUGACUGCAAAGGGCUCCCUGAAAGUCAUGGGAUGGUUUUACGAACUUUUUUGGUUUUGGACAUACUGUGGUUUCCUUAUGCUCCUGCCCCGUUUCCCAGCGCCUCAGCUUUGCUCAGGGCCAGCCGUGGGGACAAGAGACUUUCCUGUUCUCCUGCAGUUGUUCGACUCAGGAGUUGGUGCUUUCAUUAAAACCCAGCGGCUGCCACAGAUGCUGAGGAUGUGCCAUGGCCAGGGAAAGGCCACACUGAGAAGAGCUGGAGGAACACCAAACCCCGUCUUUUUAACCCAGAGGUGCAGCUCAGGUGUCUCAUUCCACACAGCACUACUCAAAAAUCAUCCCAAUGGCCAAGGGUCAUACUGUUCAGUCUUGGUGUGACACCAGUAAAAGGGGAGCUCUGAAGCUUUUAUAAUUCCUUUGGUAUUUGAAGAUGGAUCCAUAUGAGCUUCCAUGGUUCCUGCCUGUUUGUGACAUCUGGGCACAUCCCAGUGACACAUGAGGCAGCACUGCAGUGGGUGGGGCAGUGUGAGGCUCUAUUUGAUGUCUGCUUGGUUUUUACACAAUAAAAUAUUUGCUUCUUUGACA